CACACACCAAGAGACGCGUCUCACCAAACGACCUUCUCGCCUCACGCUUGCUUGCUUGCUUGGCGUCACUUGCCAGAUCCAUUGGAUCGAUCAGCAUCAUCGCCUCUCUCGGGAGUUCUCCAUCAGACAAGCUCUGCAGCUUGCUCAUUUAUCGCGCCCGCCGUCAUCACCAUGGUUGGAAGCAGCCCCGUGCAGGCCGUGCUGGCGGCGCCCGGCGUCAGGGACAGGAAGGUGCUCGCGUUCAAAAGCGACGCCCACAAGGGCAACAAGCAGGACGUCGCGUCCGGCCUCGUCCACUCCAUCCUCGCCUCCACCAGCCCGCCCCAGCGCAGCGCCUUCUACGUCCUCGACCUCGCCAAGGUCGUCGACCUCUUCCGCGCGUGGCGCCGGGCGCUCCCCGACGCGCGGCCCUGCUACGCCGUCAAGUGCAACCCGGACCCGGCGCUCCUGGGCGCGCUCGCCGCGCUCGGCGCGGGCUUCGACUGCGCCAGCCGCGCCGAGAUCGAGGCCGUGCUCGCGCUCGGCGUCCAGCCCCGGGACAUCGUCUACGCCAACCCCUGCAAGCCCGAGGCGCACCUCGAGUACGCCGCGGAGGUCGGCGUCAACCUCACCACCUACGACUCCGAGGAGGAGGUGGCCAAGGUCAGGCGCUGCCACCCGGCCUGCGAGCUCCUGCUCCGCCUCAAGGGCCCCGACGGCGGCGGCGUCAGGGUCGACCUGGGCACCAAGUACGGCGCGCACGCCGACGAGGUCGUGCCGCUCCUGCGCGCCGCGCAGCGCGCGGGGGUCGGCGUGGCCGGCGUCUCCUUCCACGUCGGCAGCGGCGCGUCCAUCCUCGCCGUGUACAGCGGGGCCAUCCAGGCCGCGCGCGCCGCGUUCGACGCCGCCGCCGCCCUGGGGAUGCCGCCCAUGCGCGUCCUCGACAUCGGCGGCGGGUUCGUGUCCGGCCCCACUUUCGACGACGCGGCGGCGGUGAUCAACGACGCGCUCGCGCAGCACUUCGGCGACCUGCCGUGCGUGGAGGUGAUCGGCGAGCCCGGGCGGUACUUCGCCGAGACGGCCUUCACGCUCGCCGCGCGCGUCAUCGGGAAGCGCACGCGUGGAGAGGUGCGCGAGUACUGGAUCGACGACGGCCUCUACGGCUCGCUCAACUGCGUCAUCAUGGACCACUACGUGCCGACACCGAGGCCGCUAGCCAGCCCGCGCCCCGGCGACAAAACCUACACUUCCACGGUGUUCGGACCAACGUGCGACUCUUUCGACACGGUGGUGACCGGGUACCAGCUGCCAGAGAUGAGCGUGGGCGACUGGCUCGUCUUCGACGACAUGGGCGCCUACACCACCGGAGCCGGCUCCAACUUCAACGGCUACGCGACGUCAGACAUAAAGAUCUACGUAGCCUACUCCAGCUGAGUGCCAACGCCGACGACGUUGGGCCGGGACUAAUAUCGUCUUCCUUCCUUUCCUUCCUUCCUUCCUUCCUUCCUUUCCUUGACCAGAAUUGGUAUUGUCUUUCCAUAAGUUGUUCUUUCAAUGUACUGCUU